AUGUUUAAUCAAAUUUUAAAUAAUAUAAUUUUAAGAAAUAAGAUAUUUAGAUAUAUUCAUGAUAUAUCAUUAAAUAUCAUUAAUAAUAACAAUGAAAAUAAAGAUUAUGAAUAUCAUGAUCAACAACAACAACAUAUUAUUGUUUAUAAAAGUUUAAUAAUAAAGAAAUAUCAUGAAAUCGAUAAUGCAGGAUGGAUGUUGGAUAAUCAUUACUAUCAACUCUUCAGAUACAAGCUACUCAGAGGUGAAUCAAUCUAUUUCACAACAUAUGCACUCAGAUUGCUAUUCUCAAAGUACUCAUCGAAUGACAUGCAACUACAACUCAUAAAGCAGUUGUUCAAUAGCGAUUGCUUACCACUUCGCCUACAGAAUAACCAAUCACAUAUCAUGGAGAGUGCAUCGAUAUCGGGUUCAAUUCCACUGCUAAACGCCAAGAGCAGUCAUGUGAUCUAUCACGUGCAUGGACAAACCGAAGGAUGCACGGUUAUCGCAUUUGAGAAUGCUAUCAAACGAGAUGACUAUGAGUGUCUGGUGUUCUUGUUCGAGUGGUAUCACAAUCGAUUGGAUAAUUUUCAUUUGAACAAUCUGUUUCGUUGUGCUUGUAACUAUGCGCGGAUGGAUAUGGUCAAGUUCAUCUAUGGCAAGAUGACACUUCCACGCAUACAAUGGUCACAAGUUCUAUAUUCCAACAAUCAACUUGUUCAGAAGAAGUCGGCCGAUAGCAAGUACAGUAUUGCCGAUGUAUUCGAUUGGUUUCACGAAAACAAUGUACCACAUUGCGGUCCUGAGGCAUGGCUACUAGCAAUGGAAAUAGGUUCACUGGAAGCACUGAAGAUAAUAAUGGAAAAGGUUAAGCCGGAUGCCAGUAGAGAUCAUAGUUACUCUCUUAAAUUGGAGCUGAUAGAUAUGUCCGUUCGAAGCGGAUCUCUUCAGAUGAUAAAGUACAUCUAUGAUAAUAUUAAACAGAGCUGUACAGAGAGUGCAAUUGUUUUGGCUGCAUCCAAUGGGUAUCUUGCGAUUCUUGAGUUUAUCAUCGAUCAUCAUUUCGAUAUGAUAAAAACAAACAACAAUGCAGAUAUCCUUACAACCAUAACAGAUCUUUUCAAAAGCGGUGUAAAAAGUGGAAGUCUGGCUAUUUUAAAUAAGAUAUUGUAUUAUAUUGGAAAGAGAUAUGGUGGAAGCGAUAGUGGAAGUGAAAACGGACAUCAAACGACAAUAGUUGUCGAACAAUCAUUGUUGGAGAUCAACCCAAAUUUGAAAAAAUUGAUGUUUGUAGAGACAUUGGAAGCUGGGCAUUUGGAGAUGUUCACCUAUCUCCUUGAACGAUACAGUCCACUAAUGGAUCAAUCCACAUUCAACAUGACACUCACCGAGAUACUAACGAGAUAUGAUAAGUCAACAUUAGAACUACUGUACCAACAUCAACCUACCAACUUUUUCGAUAUUGUUGAUGACAUUCCAUCGUUCGAUACCUCCUCAUUUGCAACACUAGAUUAUUUCUUUAACAAAUGUAUCUCCAAGGAUAAAUCAAAGAAUCUUCAAGCAAAUCCAAAAGAAUUAUUUAAAAGUAAAACAUUAUCAUUGUUAGGUAUAGGCAUGAAGAAAACUUAG